AUGACCUCCCCCACUCCCACUUCUUUCCCCCCCGCCAACUCCCUUGGCCCCGACAUGACUCUGCAACCCCCGCUCUCGCGCUGCGGAAAGGGUCCGGGACUAGUGCUGCUGCGCCCGCAAAGCCAUGCAUCUUGCGCCGACCAAAACACCGGGCUGGAUCCGGCGCCGUUGCAGAAGUGGGCCGAGGAGAGCUACGCCGUGGUGCAGGUCACCAUCGAUCGCGAGAAUGAGUCGCCGCUGGAACGCGUGACACGAGCACUCGACGAGCUGCGUUCUUUGCCCGAGUGCGAUGACAAGCACAAGUUCGCGUUGUUAGUGUACGGCUCGAGGGGCGAAUAUCCUCCCUCCUUUACCAGCUUCCUCCACGAAGUUGCACAGUCUUUUGCAGCCGUGGUGUCGUUCUCGGAUUACGACAUCCCCAACGUCCCGGUGCUUCUGCAUCUUACGGGCGCAGCCGGUGAUCAAAUCCAUUCGCACGAGACAAAAGUCUACUCGUAUCCCGAGGCCUUGUCCUCUGAAUUCAUCGUCCCCGGACAUGCAGAUUUCAUCGCCUCGGCGGCUGGAGUCGCGCAUACGCGAUCUCUCACGUUCAUGAAGAAGCAUCUCGACGGACCGUAUUUCGAUCUCGAGAAGAUCUGGGAAGAGCAUACGUUCUACGAGUUUGAGGACCGGUCGGUCGAAAAGACCAUGGCGACUAUGGUGCAAGAGCCGUAUGUAAACCAUACGACGACGUUGACUGGGGGCAUUGGCCGGGCAAAACUCAGCAAUUUCUAUCUCCAUCAUUUCAUCUUUCAGAAUCCCGCUGAUACCCAGCUGGAGCUGAUCAGUCGUACAGUCGGCGUGGAUCGCGUCGUGGAUGAAUUCAUCUGCCAUAUGACUCAUAACAUGCAGAUUGACUGGAUGAUCCCCGGGAUCCCACCCACCGGCAAACUCCUCCACGUCCCCUUCACGGCGAUCGUCAACAUUCGCGGCGACCGGCUUUACCACGAGCACAUCGCCUGGGAUCAAGCGACGGUGCUGGUCCAACUGGGUCUAAUGCCAGAGUAUCUGCCCUAUCCGUAUGCGCUGGCCGAUGGACGACUGCCGGGGCCGGGUAAAACAUUCGAGUAUCGUGUUCCGGCGGCGGGGGUUGAGUGCGCGACUAAAUUGCAGAAUGAGCAUUCGGUGGAGUCGAAUAGGAUGUUUGAGUUUGAGGCUUGGCGCUCCUUUUCCGCUCAUCCUGGCGCACCGCAACCAUCCCAGACAAAUCUAGGGCAAAAGCAGCGACGAAGUCCUGUGGGUGGGAACGGCCCGACACACACGGCCGAUGCAACAGCCUCCAGUUCCGUCAUCGGCGCUAUGGAACUGCUUGCAGGACCCUCCUCGCGUUAUGACUGUCCUAGCAUAGCGGACCUUGCGUUCCAAGACCUUAAGCUGAUGCAUCAUUUCACCACCGUAGUCGCCAGGACACUUUCCCAUCGCGACGAAAUCCAGGACGCGUGGGCUAUCGCUCUUCCCAGAGAGGCGUACACGUGCGACUACCUUAUGGACGGCCUCCUCGCAUUAUCCGCAUUGCAUAUUCAUUCGGCGGACUGCGAGAACAAAAGGCACGACUACGCAGCUCUAUCUACUUACCAUCUGCACAAAUCGCUAGCGCGCUUCAGAGAGAAACUCGCCGACAUAUCGCCCGCGAAUUGUGUGCCUUUGUUUGGUCUGUCUUCUCUUAUGGUUAUUCUGGUUUGCGCGCAAUGGAGAAAGGCCCGGAACAUCCUCGUCGUAGGGAGAACUCGCUUUCGUCGCUGGAUAUGUUGUGGCCAUCUUACCGACCAAUUCUCCUCCGAAGCCGAACUUACAGCCCUAGCCGACUUCAUCAGAAACCAAGACCUCGAUACCCAAGAGCGGCACGUCUAUCUAGAUGCUAUAUCAAAGCUAUGA